CAACGUAGAAAAUACAAUAAACAAACACGUCCUUAUUGGAAAAAAUGUAAAUAAAAAAUGAAAAAUGAUUCUUCUACUACUACAGUUGUUGGUUUGCUAUAAACAUUCUAAAUUCCCAAUCCCCAAACAUAUCCUUCUCUUCCACCCUUCUUCUUCCUCCUUCUCCCAUCCAUUUUUCAUUGUCAAAAUCUUCUUCAGUUUUGCAGUGAUGAAGGAACGAGAAUUGCCUGGGAUGAGCAGCAAUUUCAGCUCUAUGCAGCAACCACCACCACCGCCUUUUCAGGAAUUGCAGCAACAGAUGUUGCAGCCGUCCAGUUUCGAUACACAUGACGAUUUUCUGGAACAAAUCCUCUCACCUGUGCCUCCUUCCGCCGCUUUCCCCUGGACCGACGACCAGCCGUCGCUGACUGCAAUGGGGAAUUUGGAUGAACAAUCGGCGCUGGCUUUGGCGUCGAAGAUGAGACAACAGCAGAUCAGCGCCGGCGCCGCUAAGAUGUUGAUGCUUCAGCAACAGUUACUGCUUUCCAGAGGUCUCACCGGAGGUAACGGCCAGAUGUUCCAUGGCGAUCACAACGACGUCGUUGACGCGCAAUCCUUCGAUUCUGCAAAUCUGGCAAACGAUGCAUCAGUUAAAGCUGCAUUCAGCGAUUUCUCAGGAUCACUCGGUCAAACCUCGAAUCAAUCUCCACAAUUUUUCCAUCCUGAGGGCGGAGCAUUGCACCAAUCGCAGAACUUCGUUUCCUCGGCGAUGACUCAGCCGGUGGCGAACGGCGGAGCGUCGGCGGCGGGGCAGCCAAAGCAGAGGGUGAGGGCGAGAAGAGGGCAGGCUACUGACCCCCACAGCAUCGCCGAAAGAUUGAGAAGAGAGAGGAUUGCGGAGAGAAUGAAGGCGCUACAGGAGCUUGUACCCAACGCUAACAAGACAGACAAAGCCUCAAUGCUGGAUGAGAUCAUCGACUAUGUCAAAUUCCUACAGCUCCAAGUCAAAGUUUUAAGCAUGAGUAGGUUAGGGGGUGGUGCAGCUGUGGGUGUCACUCCUUUGGCUGCAGCAAAGUCUUCUGAGGGAAGAACCGGCAACGGAACACCGACGGCGGUGGUGUCGACAUCUAACCACAAAGAAGGGAUUCCGGCGGCGGCGGUGACGGAGCAGCAGGUGGCGAAGAUGAUGGAGGAAGACAUGGGCUCCGCCAUGCAGUACCUCCAGGGUAAGGGCCUCUGCCUCAUGCCCAUAUCCCUCGCUACCGCCAUUUCCACCGCCACUCCCCGGAACCACCACAACCUCAGCGGCGGCCCACCCUCCCCAAGCAUGUCAGCUCUCACCGUCCAAUCGACGACCGUGCUCGGCGGAAGCAGCGCCGCUGCCGGAGAAAUCGCCGGAAAACAUUCUAAGGUUAGUGACCGUAAUGGAGUUGAUUAAUUGAAUUAUUUUGUUAACAUAAGGCUUUUUCAAUAAGGAGAGUACUGAAAAAUUACUAAUGUGGCCUUUUUAUGUAUAUCAUUAUGCGAACAAGACGACACCGUUUUGAUGCGUAGUCUUGUCUUAA